GUGUCCGCUGCGCACCAUACUGAUCCACACUUUCUCCCAAAACAUGCGGGUCUAUUCGCUUAUACUUCUCUGUUUCAUUACUUUUGUCCAUGGGCAAGAAAAAGCUGAAGUGGAUAUUCGAGUUUCAGGAGCAUGUUCGCCAAUCUACUUGUCGAGGAAAGGAAUUGAUAUCAACAAGUACCGACCGAGUAUUCGUUUCAAUCCAGACAAGAUUCAGUUAAUUCCAAAGAAUCCAGUCAUUCCAGGGUGUAUCAAAAUUAAGGCAGAAGGAGUUGAAAUCACGAGACCAACAAAAAAUUUGAUUGCCGAAGUUGAAAUGAGAAUCGGAGGAACUCCGGAUCCAAACAAUCCAUCCCUUCCAUGCUCGAAAAAAAUCGACGAGAAGGUGAACCAGUGCCCGUGCGCCAAAUUGGAAGGAUCUUGCGUGUUCUGCGACUUCUGCAAGCAACUUAAGGCUCAAACGUCCAAAAUCACACCUAGCAAGCUCAGCAGACCUGAACACAAGUUGAUCGAUGAGGAUUGCAAAUGUGGUGAUAUGCAACCAGGACUUUACGAUAUUGAGACAGAAAUGUGCACACCAGAAAUGGACGAUUUCAAGGAUUACAUUCCACCAGAGAUUCAGAACAACAUCCUUGAAAAGAAGCCUAUUUCCAUGUUCAUCACUGUAUAUUUAAUGGAUAUGGAGCCACGGUCUUCCAAAGAAUCAUAUUUAUCUGCGUUCGGAAAAGCAAUUCUGCAAAGAAGAAUGGCUCAGAGCACUGUUGCGUGCUUUUUACUUGGCAUUGAUGUCAAGCUCGCUCUUCCGUCGUUUGACUAAAUCGCAUAUCUAUUUAUUUUUUUAAUAAUUUUUGCCUUCCAACACCUCCUCAUUUGUAGCUUGUAAAUUUCAUCCGACUGCUCUUUCACUGUACGCCGAAUAAAAACUAUGAAAAAGUG